UUCAGAAUCAAGUUUUGGAAUUGAAACAACAACAAUAAUGUGAACAACUGUUGUUUCGACUGCUUUGGCAGUCUCAUGCUCUCUUCCUCAUCUUCACCAUGCCGUCGACAGCAGAGUGGGUCGCUGGUCUCAGCUCGACCAUCACCAGAAUUUCGGCUUACAGUUUCCUGAGAUGGAUCCCCGGACAUCACUUUCCCCCGAUUAUACUCUCCUCCCUCAUCGUAUAUCUAUUCUGUGUCUUUGGAAAUUCUGAAGCAUUUGGUGCACACAGACCAACUCUACAUCAAGCAUUCCCCAGACUGUUUCCGCACCCCGAACCAGAAACGAAAGAACCAGUGACAGGCCAGGAACUACAAGACCACCAGGAACCCAUCCUGUACGAGGAUGAAAAGUCGUUCUUCAAGAUCCUUGUGUUGGGUAUUCCAAAAUGGAGAGAUGCACAGUGGAGUUACAUCACAAUCGCAGUCAAUGUUCUGCUUGCUGGGUUCACUCUGGAUCUCGUCUUCCGUGCCCCAUUACUUUAUCCGUCCAGAGAUCUGACAUUCUCUCGUGUGGGUUACGUGCAUUCCGACUAUGCCAAAGUCUUGAUCAGGGAACCAAACUCCACCCAGCUUCCACUACAUGUCUAUCUAUCUCUUGCGGAUAAGACCAACUGGAAGACUGUCGACACCAUCCAUACUCUCGACCAGGACACCGACUAUACAUAUCCCAUCACUUUCCGAUCUCUCCAACCGUCGACCAAAUACAUCUAUUCACUCUCGAAUGAUCUGUCUGGCGUCUUUACCACAGCUCCAGCCCCUAAAUCUGAAGCGGCUAGAAGUCUGACCUUUGUCACCUCAUCAUGCAUCAAGGCCAACUUCCCGUAUCAAGCAAAAGCUCAUGCCUUGGCCAUCCAUGGAUUCGAGCAUCUGUCGAGUGUCAUUCAAGCACUACCAUCUCCCGCUGCCUUUAUGAUGUUCUUGGGCGACUUUAUUUACAUUGACGUCCCACAACGCUUGUCCUCAUCUGUUCGCCAUUAUCGAUCCGAGUAUCGACGGGUAUAUGCCUCUCCGUCGUGGAAGUUGCCUGGCUUAGAUACUCUCCCAUGGAUUCAUACGCUUGAUGAUCACGAAAUCGCCAAUGACUGGUCUGGAGGCAAUGAGACAGACCCGUUCCCGGCAGCCGCUGACCCAUUCAUCCAAUAUCAUGUCUCGGUCAAUCCACCGGUUCCAAAAGGGGCGUCAAGUGGUCCAGACACAAACACAACAUACUUUCAAUUCACCAAUGGUCCUGCAUCAUUCUUCAUGCUUGAUACCCGCCGUUAUAGGACAGACCCGGAGUCGUCAAAGUCAACAACGUCAUCUACCAUGCUAGGAGAUGUGCAACUAGCUUCUCUUUUGAAAUAUCUGGCAGAUCCAGAACCACGCCAUGUCCAUUGGAAAAUCAUCGCUUCUUCCGUUCCUUUCACCAAGAAUUGGCGGUUUGGUACACCAGAUACAUGGGGUGGCUUCCUCACUGAGCGAUCGCAGAUUUUGGCUGCAAUGCACAAGGCAGAAAGGGACUUGGGGGUGCGUGUUAUCGUCCUCUCCGGAGAUCGUCAUGAGUUUGCCGCCAUUCGUUACCCACCACCAGUCAGCUCGAUUGCACAGGGCUCGAACGAUACCCAAGUCUUUGACCAGACACCAUCUUCUGGACCUCAUGAAUUUUCGGUAGGACCUCUGAGCAUGUUCUACCUCCCAUUCCGAACAUUCAAGCAAAUCGAUGAUGAAGAUGUGGCCAUUCAGUAUUUGCCGGAUGGCAAUAGUAAAUUGGGAGUAGUCGAAAUUCACCCUUUGGUUGGAGGAGUUCAACGCAGUUCGCUCAAGUACAAACUGUUUGUGGAUGGAAAGUUGACUUGGGAGUAUAACCUCACCAGUCCCGCGGCGGGCUACCAAGGAGGAAGAGGAGCAAGGUGGUGGUUGUGGGAAUGAACAGGAAGACGGUCGGUCCAGAGAUGCAUAUUAUGAUGUUGUAGACGAAUAUAGAAGGACCAAUGCAAUAUGAGGGAUUUGGCGACGCUUGAGAAUGCUUGAGCAUGCUUGAAGAAUCAGUUGUCAUCUCUGCAACUGAAGACCAGCC